UGCAAAACGACUUCACCUUUACAAGGCGUUAUUCUAAAGCGCGGCAGCAGCACCGCUCGAUAGAUGCCAAUUCCACCAUCCCAAUUGUGUUCUAUAGACAUAUAGACCUAUAGACCCAUAACACGGAGGAAACACAAGUCAAAAAAUGGCACAACCACGCUGUCUCGCCAGCUCCUCGCCCGCACGAGCUCUACACGGAGUCCUCGUCUCAGACCUCCUCAGCCGCAACAGAAUAACCUCCCUCGCACCGCGCAUAACAUCCCCCUACCUCCUCCCGCCGCGGCUCUUCUCCUCCAGCCGCCUGCUCCCAAAACCCAAUGCCGCAACCUUACCAUCACCAUCACUACCACCACCACGACAAACCCGCACACUCUCCACAACCCCCAUCCUCCACCGCAUCGACCAAUCCGAAAAGCGACCAACCAACAACAAGAUCCCAUACGACUACGUGCGCGUAGUCGGCCCGCCCCCCGAUAACGCCCUCUCCCCGGCGCGCCACAUCGACUCGGUCCUCGCCACCAUCAACCCCCGAACCCACACCCUAGUCAUGGUCGCCCCGCCGCCCCCCUCCGCCGACCCAUCCACCCCCGAAGCCGAAGCAGCCAUAUGCCGGAUAAUCGACAACGAGGCCGCCAAGGCCGCCGCGCGCCGCAAGGCCGCCAACACCAAGGAGCUCGAGUUCUCGUGGGGCAUAUCCGCGCACGACCUGGGCCACAAGCUGCGGCGCCUGCGGCAGUUCCUCGACCUGGGCCUCAACGUCGAGGUCAUACUGGCGAAGAAGCGGGGUGCGAAGCCCGUUUCGACGGAGACUGCGCAAGCGGUCCUGGAAGCGGUUAGGGGCGUGCUGGGGCUGGUUGAUGGGGCGAAGGAGACGAGGAAGAUGGAUGGGAGGGUGGGGGGUGUGGUGAGGUUGUAUUUCGAGGGGCCGAGCGAGAAGAGGAGGAAGAAGAAGAAGGAGUUGGAGAAGGCAAAAGAAAGGGAGAAGGAGGAGAGCGAAUAGAGGAAGUAAAAGAGAGAGUUCUAGUUGCUACGACUAGUAGUUGGUGUAUGGUGUACGAAGAGUGAACUCUAUGUAUACCUAGAAAUGGCUUGGCCAGAGGAUCGGCGCGGAACAAGCUGCUUAGCUUGGCGAAGAUACUUGUUAAGCAUCUAGCGUCCCAGCGAAAAUACGAAUCUAAGAGCGGUUCAUAUGGCUGGACGGAUGUAGGUCAUAAUAAGAGAAAAUACGACCUAAAAAGGGUCGUGUAUAGUAAAACUACCUAAAAUAACAUAUUCUGC